CUCUUGGAAUAAUUGGAAUGAAAAAAAAGAGCCCCCUUCUCCCCCGCGACCUCUCUGUGUCUCUCUCUCCCCUCACGCGACUCCUGCGCCGCCGCCACCUCUGCCACUCGAUUCCGGUGAGUUGAGGCGGCUCUCGCCGGCACGCAGCUCUUUACUCCCCGGGCUCUCGUCGCGCAGCUCAUUACUCCCAUCUCGUCAGAUGCAUCUCCCACGCCCUCCAGUGCUCGCCCGCAACACUCACCCAUGGCUAGGUUUUCGGCCGCCACCCCUUGAUUCGUCGGGAUCUUCCACAUCCGGCGAUGGCGAGGCCAGAGGUGGCCGGAUCUGGCACUGGUCGCCAUGGUUGUGGACGGGAUGACAACGAUGGCAGGAGGGGCGAACCUCCGUGCGACGGGCCGCCUCCAUGGAGAUGGAGCUCCUUCUCCAUCGCGGCCAGCUCGACUUGCCUCGCCGCUCCAUGGACUCAUCUCGCCGCCGCUUGGAGUAUCUGCUGCCGUCGCCGCCUAUUGGCCCUCACCAGGAAGGAGAUGCCAGAUUGGUCCAGGCACGGCCGCGGCGGAGGAGUGCCACCGGCCAGCGUGUGCGGCUCUACGUCCGUGGCACCAUCCUCGGAUAGAAAAGUUAGCAUUAUGUGUGAUGAGUGCAUGGUGGCCUCCAUGGAAUGGCCUAAAAUCACAAGCUACAGACUUCUAACUGAGAAGGGCACCCCUGUACACGUUGGUAUGAUGAGAUAUCUUUUGUGUUUAUUCAGAGUAGUCAAUGUCGAUGUUGUUUCAAAAUCGUGGCAUUUUCGCAUCGAUUUACUACUGUCAUCCAUGAUGCAUCAGAUGCAGAACACAAGAGUCCAAUACUAGCAGGUUUGCCAUACGCUCAUGCCCAUCAUAUGUUUGUUGAAAUGCUCGAGAGAUAGCUGGAACAAGGAUUUAGGACUAUGAUUAGUUGCAUGUUCCGAAUAACAAGCGAGAUUGCCGAAAAUUCAAAUUUAUUUUGAGGCUUCAGUGCUCCGAAAUUAGGAAAUUCGUUCGCCGCACAAACAUGGUGUCUCAGUCAUCGGCUGCCAAUGCCAUCAAGACUUGGGUCAGCCUAAGCCUCCAUGAACUUGACGUGAUCGGGGUUCAGCAUUCUUACACGCUUGCCAAUGCGGUGGCCGUCGAGCCGGUGGUCAUCUACUUGUUUUUAAAUACCUUUCAUCUUUGUAAUCAUUCAUUUAGGCUGCAAGACUGCUACUUCUUUGUUCAUAUAAGCUUAUCCGUGCAUAUGAUGCUCCUGUGGUCAUGUCUUUACUUACCUAAUGUAAUUUAUGAAUGUGCACAGCCACCAAUGCAUUUUUACUGCUGUAACUUAUUUUUUAAAGAUGAUACUGUCACUUCUAUUGGAUUGCUCUGCUUUCUAGAGUUCAAUAAGUUGCAUAAGUUUAGCAAUAGUUGCAUGAAUAGGUGCUGCCCACAAGACAAAAAACGAUUGAAAAGAACACCACACAGUGAACACCUCAGCAAACAACGACAAGAUUGGUGCGCUCAGUCACGCAAAGAAGGCGCGCCCCAGCCACUAGUGCUUAUAGAAAUGUGCCAGUAGAGGAAAAUAGACAGAUAUUUUCUUUAUUUGCCUACAGAUGCUUAAUUAUGUUAUCCAGUUCCCGUUCCAUGUAGAAUAGUCAUUUGAUGGGUUAUAGAAACCUAUUAGGCCAUCAGUAUAUGUUUUGCUGUUCUCUCAUGUUGGUUAGGAAAAACUUUCAGUGAAUUAUAAUGAAAUCAAUAAAUAAUUAUGUAGUUGUAGUAGGUGAGCCAUGGUGCAUAGAUUUGAGUUCAUAACUAACACUAAACUGCUAACUAAUCUUAAAGUUAUCUUUGAAGCUUCUGUUUCCCAUAUGUUAGAGUUCCUGAGUUCAGUCCACCCAAAAGAAGUUUGCCACUACACAAUAAAUUUUAGCUCUCAGUUCUGCUGAUAUUAUUUUUAUUUUAAAUAUUUGUAUCCAUUGGUAUGAACUUUAAAAGGAAAUUUAUAUGUGUGUACCACGCAACGAACACAACAAUGGCACUACUGUAUGUGGAAUAAGAAUGCAUAUGUGUAGAUUACAUUCAGAAGGUUGAGUGGUUGUUGUUCGCGUACCUAGGGCUCAAAGAACUAUCCCCCAAAGAUCAAAGAACUAUCCCCCAAAGUGUCGUAUUAUUUUCUGUCGUAAGUGUUUCCAGCCUGCUACACACCCCAGGCCGAAACCACAAACUACAAGAUGGAUGAUCUCACAACAAUGACACUACUGUAUGUGGAAUAAGAAUGCAUAUGUGUAGAUUACAUUCAGAAGGUUGAGUGGUUGUUGUUCGCGUACCUAGGGCUUAACUAUCCCCCAAAGUGUCGUCUUAUUUUCUGUCGUAAGUUUCCAGCCUGCCACACACCCCAGGCCGAAACCACAAAUUACAAGAUGGAUAACCAGGUGUAAAGUGUGCAUCAUGCUUUUUCAUUGCACAAUAUUUUUAUGUUUCUCUUCUUUCCUUCUGUGCUAGAAUUAUAUUUGUUCUACUAAGCGAGGCAUGUAUUUAGUCUGUAAUUUUUACCGUUUAAAUUAUGUGGCUAUAUAUUUUAUUCCAGUUAACUCAGUAUUUUUAGUGUGUGUAAACUUCGUUUGUUUACUGUGUGGCCUAAAAAUUUAGGUAUCGCCAUCGUGCUGUAAUAUAUCUUGGUCUAUACUUAGAUAUAUAUUUUUAUGUUGGUGUACUGAUAUAUGAAGGCAAAAAUGUAACCACUUAAGAAUGAAGGUUAAAAAAGGAAAACAAAAUUGGUGGAUAUGGCUCUAUUAAAACUACCAGCUUGCAAAUUCUAAUAGUGGCUUCAAGUAUUGUAUGAAUUUUCUAAAAUAGCUACUGCACGGGUUGACUACUAGUAGUUUUAAUUUAUUUAUUACUUGUACACUAUAAUAUUUGAUUAUUUUAUAUGCUUUCUUAUGUUUGAUUAUUUGAAUUACGAAGAUGAUCUGAAGCACCCAGAAGAAGUAGAGGACAGGACAGGAGGAGGGAACAAGAAGCUUCGUUUAUCAUUGAUGUAAUGUGUUGAAGUAUGAUGAUGUGUGAUUAUGCAUUUGUUGCACCCUUUUGCUGUACACAUGCACUUGUAGAACUAUUUUGUUGUGCACUUGUUGGGCCUUGAACCUUUAUGUGUAGAGGAGUCGAUGGAUGAUGUAUUGUAAUUCAUGUGAUGUGCUACUGAAAUGAAAGAUAUACAACUAAUUUGCAAUCU